GUACAUUACAUUUGUAUUAUAUAUCGCGUUUAUGCAUUGAAGUCUGAUUUCUGCUAACAAAAUGUUUCUACACCAUCUUUCUUUUAUGUAUUAAAGAGCAUAGUUGCGACAAAGUAUUGAGAGCGGUAAAUCCCUGAUAAUCCAUUUUUCGCAUUUUAAUCGCGUUGUGAAGAAGAUAGCAUUGAUGGAGGCCAUGCUUGCGAUAAUCUGGUGUUUAUCGCAAUCACCUAUAUGAUGAAAAUCGAUGAUAAGGUUGGAAAGUGUAUCCAGAUUUCUCCAAGUACCGCCACAGUUCUUGAUUCGACGUAAGGCAAGACACAUACAGGAUGGAAAAGCGAUAUCAUUUCUUUGGGGUCACCAUCUUAAUGGUCACGUUCGCUGUUUUCCAUUCAGGGGUGGCACUUGAGUGUUAUGAAUGCAGUUCCAUACAUGAUAAAAACUGUGAAAGUGGACCAUUUGAAGAUUUCAAGAUAGUACAGUGUGUUGCGACUGUACCUCCAACGACCACAACACCGAUAGAGACGCCACCAACGGACCCGACGCCGACCACGGCGCCGACCACGACGCCGACGUCGACCACGACGCCGACGCCGACCACGACCACGACGCCGACGCCGACCAUGACCACGACGCCGACGCCGACCACGACGCCGACGCCGCCAACGGGCACGACGCCGCCAACGGGCACGACCCCGCCAACGGGCACGACGCCGCCAACGGGCACGACGCCGCCAACGGGCACGACCCCGCCAACGGGCACGACGCCGCCAACGGGCACGACGCCGCCAACGGGCACGACGCCGCCAACGGGCACGACCCCGCCAACGGGCACGACGCCGACCACGACGCCGACCACGACGCCGACCACGACGCCAACGACGACGCCGACCACGACGCCGACCACGACGCCGACCACGACGCCGACCACGACGCCGACCACGACGCCGACCACGACGCCGACCACGACGCCGACCACGACGCCGACCACGACGCCGACCACGACGCCGACCACGACGCCGACCACGACGCCGACCACGACGCCGACCACGACGCCGACCACGACGCCGACCACGACGCCGACCACGACGCCGACCACGACGCCGACCACGACGCCGACCACGACGCCAACGACGACGCCGACCACGACGCCGACCACGACGCCGACCACGACGCCGACCACGACGCCGACCACGACGCCGACCACGACGCCGACCACGACGCCGACCACGACGCCCACCAUGCCACCGACCUCACCGCCGACCUCGCCGCCCACCUCGCCGCCCACCUCGCCGCCCACCUCGCCACCGACCUCGCCGCCCACCUCGCCGCCCACCAUGCCACCGACCUCACCGCCGACCUCGCCGCCCACCUCGCCGCCCACCUCGCCACCGACCUCGCCACCGACCUCGCCGCCCACCUCGCCGCCCACCUCGCCACCGACCUCACCGCCGACCUCGCCGCCCACCUCGCCGCCCACCUCGCCGCCCACCUCGCCACCGACCUCGCCACCGACCUCGCCGCCCACCUCGCCGCCCACCUCGCCACCGACCUCGCCACCGACCUCGCCGCCCACCUCGCCGCCCACCUCGCCACCCACCUCGCCACCGACCUCGCCGCCCACCAUGCAGCUCAAGGCGUUACACGACAGUGAUGGGGGAAAUGGAGAGGCAGAUGAAAGUAAAAGUUAUGGUAAAUUUAUGAACAAUUUGAGGAUACGUAGGAGUGUUUUUUCCAACGUCCAAAUAAGGCCUUAUGCAGAUGGACCGGUUUGUGCCAUAAUUAAGCGUACGGAGAAUGGUAGUGACAUUUUCGAACGUGGAUGCCUCAUUGAGUCUAAAUGUCCGGAGGGCGCAGAUUGUAAGACAUGUGAUACAGAUCUCUGCAAUAAUGCUAAUGCGAUGUCAAUUAAUUUGGGAGUUUUGGGAUGUCUCGUGCUGGCAUGGGCAACUAGAUUCAUUCUUACAGAUUAUUGACCUAAAAUCAUAACAUUGUAACACACCAUUUCAUACAAAAAGAAAAAUAUGUCUUCGUUCUUAUAAUUUCUGCAAUAGAUGACUUUUGUAAUAGGAAACUUCUGUAUUAAACUGUAAUAGGUACUUCUGAAAUUUAUAUAUUAUGUUAAAUAUGUAAUUACGAAUAAAGAUGAGAGACUAUUUCUAUAUUGUUGAUGUAAAACCACAAAUGACAAAAUAGUUAUUGUAAUACAACCAGAGUAUUUCGUGAAACUGAAAGUGCGUGUCACUCGUAAAAAAUCAAUCAAGAUACAAUAUAGGAAUUAUACAAGAAUUUCAUACUCUUUUUCGUUUUUGUACGUAUCAUUUUGAAAUUGAUUGCAUUACUUAAAUAUCAUCAAUCUGUCAUUUUUUACACAUUCAAGAAAUAUGUUAAACAUAUUGGGCACUACUGCGCAAGUAUUUACUAUGGUAGAAUGAUAAUGGGAUUUCUAAGUUCCAAGCAGAACAAUCAUACUUUGCGCGCAUGUACGUGAAAACAAUUUUGGAUCUACAAAUUUCACGUCCAUCUGUGUCAGUGCUAAUGUGUGCGGAUGCUUUACUUUAAACCUAAUUUUGUCUAUUUAAACAUUACUCGCAUUACUUGAGCAAACACAACACCCGAGUUUACGAAUAUUUCGAAAAGUGUGAUCUAAACUCUUUGCAUAUUAUUUUUUGAUGCAGUUAUCAUUAACUGCUUGAUUUUUAAAUUACGAAAUUAUAUAUUCUUUUUUUGGGGUGGGGGAGAAUAGAUAUCAUAAUCUAAUAAUCCUAUAACAAUUAUUGCUUAUUACUAAGACAUUUUCCAGUGUUAUAUUUUUGUUACAAAAUAAUCUUGAGAGAGAUUGGCUUUAAUUAAAUUGUUUUAA